ACCGCCCCCCUCCAUCUCCCUCGUUCUCCUCCUCACCCUCCUCACCUCCCUGCCCGUUCCCUGUCGCCGUGCCGGUGCCGGUCCCCGUCCAUGUCGCGGUCGGGGGGCGAUGGCACCGCCGCGCUGGAGCGGGCCGGGGCGGAGACGGUGAAGCGGGCGGUGGAGCUGGACCUGGCGUCGCGGUUCCAGGAGUCGCUGGUGUGUUACCAGGAGGGCAUCGAUCUCCUGCUGCAGGUGGUGAAAGCCACCAAGGAUGGCAAAAAGCACCGCUACCGGAAGAAGAUCUCCGAAUACAUGACCAGAGCCGAAGACAUUAAAAAACACAUCGAGAAAGAGAAACAAGAUGGCAAAUACCAUAAGCAAAUCAGGAUAGAGGAAAACGCAACAGGUUUUGGCUAUGAAAAGCUUUUCCAUGAGUACCUUACUGAGAUUGUUUCUGAAGUUUGGGUGGAGGACCCGUACAUUAGGCAUGUUCAUCAGUUGUACAAUUUUCUACGAUUCUGCGAGAUGCUAAUUAAGGGGCCGUGCAAAGUGAAAACAAUCCACCUCCUCACUUCCUGUGAUGAGGGUAGUGGGAGGAGUCAGCAGAUGAGUGGCUUGGAAGAAAUACAGCAGUCAUUAAGGAAUUAUGGAGUAACACUGAAUAUUGAAUUUUCAUCUUCAAUACACGACCGAGAAAUCAGGUUCAACAAUGGAUGGAUGAUUAAGAUUGGAAGGGGUCUUGAUUAUUUUAAGAAACCACAGGGUCGUUUCAGCAUUGGAUACUGUGACUUUGACUUGCGACCUUGUCACGAAACAACAGUGGAUGUCUUUCACACUAAACACACAAAGAAAAUGUAAUCAGAUAUGACUGCUUUUAAUAAGUGUAUUCAGAAGCAUAAAAAUAUAAGGCUGGAAGAUGUUGCUUGAGUCCAGCUGCCCACCCUCAGAAGUAACUCUUCCGAGUACUUAGAGCAGCAUAGCUUUUAUAAUCUAUAGUUUUAAGAAUACUUGAAGCUUUUCAGUCUAAGAAAACACAACUGUAAAUUCCUUCACUUUACUUCUUCUGUAAUCUUAAUUAAUACAAUCCAUGUCUAAAUUUUAUCUUGAUUGCAUAACGGACCCUCAAUAUUAUCUUUUAAAGGCCUCUUUACUGUAAUUUCUGUUUUUACUACUGAUUUUGUCUUGAGGCAAUUUUAGGGUUUAUAUCUGUAAUUGACCACCUUACAGACAUUGGAAGCUGGGCUGCCACAUAUCCUCUUUUAUAAGCAGUCUUAUUUACUUAUUUACUAUUUACUUCCUUUAAUUCCUGUAUUCUAGUCAUGACUACUAUUCUGCUGGGUUUUAGUCAAUCUUGUGAUACCUUGUUUCACAGACUUUACUAGUAAUCCCAAAUUUAACAUUCCAUUUUCCAACCCUCUUGCCUACAAAAGCUUUAGUGUUCAGUAUACAGUCAUUUUAGGGUUGUCUUUUGUGUCUCUGCAUGAUGGAUUUUGGACUAGGAAGGCUGAAAACAGCUGUAUUCUCUUCCCUGUCACUCCCAUAUGUUCUUUUUUUCCAUGAUGUGUGGUCAUAUACCUGAUUUCCAUCCUUUGCAUUAGGUGUGGAAAGGAUGUACGAUCGUCUCCCAGUCUUAGUCUCUGACUUUAAAGUCCAAUGACUGGCUACUCAUGCCAAUCUCAGCUGCAUUUUUCCCUACUACUACGGUAGUCCCCUAAAAAAACCCAUGAUUUAUUUUUAAGUUGGAUAGCCUGAAAAGCUCAGUUGGUCAGAGCAUGGUGUUAAUUACACACCGUGGGUUCAAUCCCCAUACAGGCCGCUCACUUAAGAGUUGGACUUGGUGAUCCUUGUGGGUCCCUUCCAACUCAGAAUAUUCUGUGAUUCUAAGGAAUAUGCUAUUUGGAGUAAAGACAAAGUCUUUCCUUGUCAUUCCUUCAUCCUUUGGAAACCAGAAGGUAUUACCUGAGCUUCUUUUUCUUCUUAAACAAGAGUUCUUUCUUAGCAAGAAUCCACCAAAGUCAUGUUUUCUGACAUGAAAAACAGGCAGUGGCCUCUUUUGCAGGUCCCAUCAAAAUCUUUUCAGCCUCAGGACUAAUAGGUGCCUUAUGCUUUCUGCUCCUGUAAUACAGUAGGCCUCUGUAUUCCGGUAGCACGUUUAUAGGUGUAUUCCAUUAUACUUUUUUUUUCUGUUAAUGUGCUUUAUUAUUUUAUUUUCUGUCAUCUUAUGCUGCUAUUCUUUUCCUCUUGCCUAUAACAACAAAUCUGUUCCACAGAAAUCAAGAAGAAAUGGAGCUGAUUUUUACCUUAUUUUCCGGAUCACGAUUUGCCAGUGGUUUGCCUUCUUUAUCCUUUCUCAUAGUAAUGUCUCGGCUUUGGAAUGUUACAUCAGCAAAAUGAAUAAUGUAUGUGCCACA